GCACAUACUGUAAGAACAAAUAUUAGUUGAUUGGUAACGGAUUUAUUUUUUAAAAAUACUUUUUUUGUUCAGCCACAGCCCUGAUGCUUUACAUUGCAACUGUCUGAAUUAGUUUCCAGCAAAAUGCUGACAGGAGAAUGAGACACAUUAAUGAAACUGCUCCUACAUGUGUGUGAACUGUGAAGCGGAGACAUGAGUCUAGAUGAAGACGCGCGCUGGCUGGAAUGGGUCACCAAGCAGUUCGAGAGUAUUGCAGGAGACGACAAAGAGAUCGACCUGGAUGAGUUUAAAACGGCUCUGAAAGUAAAGGAGUCAUUUUUUGCGGAGAGGUUUUUCGCCCUGUUUGACUCUGAUGGCAGCAGCUCCAUCAGUCUGGAUGAACUUCUCAAGGCUUUAGAUCUUCUGAUCCAUGGCAAUGAGACUGACAAACUACGCUUCCUAUUCCAGGUCUACGAUGUGGAUGGCAGUGGUUCCAUAGACCCAGAUGAGUUACGUACGGUUCUGAAGUCCUGUCUGCGUGAAAGUGCGAUCUCACUCCCUGAGGAAAAGCUGGAUGACCUGACGCUGGCGCUGUUCGAAUCUGCGGAUAAAGACAACAGCGGCUCCAUCACGUUUGAAGAGCUGAAGGCAGAGCUCGAGAACUUUCCUGAGGUUAUGGAGAACCUCACCAUCAGUGCCGCCAACUGGCUGAAACCUCCUAAUCUGGAGCAGAAGAAACGUAAGACUCCCCGAUACCUGACGCGGGCAUACUGGCACAACAACAGCCGCAAACUCUUCUUUCUGUGUCUGUACGCCCUCCUGAACGUGCUCCUCUUCAUCGUGGCGAUGCAGAAGAAUGCGCACGGAGGCCCCUGGUUCAUGGUGGCUAGGGGCUGCGGACAGUGUCUCAACCUCAACUGCACGUUUGUUAUGGUGCUGAUGUUAAGGCGUAGUCUGACGUGGCUACGUGCCACCUGGGUGGUGAGGAUCUUACCUUUGGAUCAGAACAUUUUACUGCAUCAGCUCGUGGGUUACGCCAUCCUGAUCUUCUCCGUUGUGCACACUGCCGCUCACGUCGGGAACUUUGUCCGAAUGUCUCAGAAUGAUGGCAUGUACCAGCUGUGGGAGUAUCUUUUCACCAUCCGUCCUGGUAUUGGCUGGGUCAAUGGCACCGCCUCCAUUACGGGUGUUGUUCUGCAGGUUCUCAUCUGCUUGAUGUCGGUGUGUUCCAGCACAUUCGUCAGACGCAGUGGUCAUUUUGAGGUGUUCUACUGGUCUCAUCUUUCCUACAUCUGGGUUUGGGCCUUGCUGGUCGUUCACUGUGCAAACUUUUGGAAAUGGUUCGUGGUGCCAGGGGUCAUGUUCCUAAUUGAGAAAAUAGUUGGAAUGGCAGUGUCCCGUAUGGGUGGGCUGUACAUAGUUGAAGUCAACUUAUUGCCCUCAAAGGUAACACAUUUGGUAAUCAAGAGGCCUCCAUUCUUUCACUUCAAACCUGGAGAUUAUGUGUUCAUCAACAUCCCUGCUAUCGCCAAGUAUGAAUGGCAUCCGUUUACUAUCAGCAGCGCUCCUGAGCAGCAAGAUGUGCUGUGGCUCCAUAUUCGUUCGAUGGGCCAGUGGACAAACCGCCUGUAUGAGUAUUUUAGACAGCCGGAGAGUCAAACCAUCAGCAGCAAGAGGCUCACCGCCAGCCUGAGGAACAGACGGCACCAGAGCAGAGCACAGGAUGACAUUUUCAAGUCUGCAAUCUACAACGGGACUGUGGCGUCUAAUAAGGAUGAUGCUGUUGAACUGACCCUGUACCGGUCAAGCGUAACCCGCACAAGCUCUUCCCAGAAGCCCGUCAGUGACCCAGAAGCACAGGUAGACCCGGGAGAAGCCCCUCCGGUCCCCAGAGAACUGACAGCAAAAUUAAGUGAAAAUCACAGAUACUGCAACAUUAAGUGCUAUGUGGAUGGACCUUUUGGCACCUCGACCCGACAGAUCUUUACAUCUGAGCAUGCGGUGCUUAUCGGCGCUGGAAUCGGCAUCACUCCCUUCGCAUCCAUUUUGCAGAGCAUCAUGUGCCGUUACCGCAUGAGAAAGCAGAACUGCCCUAGUUGCAACUACUCCUGGUGUGAAACCAUCAAAGACAACGAAAUGAAGCUGAGGAAGGUGGACUUCAUUUGGAUCAACCGAGAUCAGAAAUCCUUUGAAUGGUUUGUGAGUCUCUUGACCAAACUGGAGAUGGACCAGGCAGAUGAAGAGCCAGAGGGCCGUUUUUUGGAGAUGCACAUGUACAUGACAUCAGCCCUCAGUAAGAAUGAUAUGAAGGCCAUAGGUCUGCAGAUGGCUCUGGAUCUGCUAGCCAAGAAAGAAAAAAAAGAUUCCAUCACGGGGCUCCGCACACGUACCCAGCCAGGCAGGCCAGAUUGGGCCAAGGUUUUCCAGAAACUGUCCGAGGAAAAGAAAGGAAGGGUUCAUGUGUUUUUCUGCGGUGCUCAUGCGCUGGCCAAAGUCAUCAAGGCCCAGUGUGAGCAUUUUGGCUUCAAGUUCUACAAAGAACAUUUUUAAACAAUUUACAAUAAUUUCAGAAAUCUUACUUUGGCUAAUCGUCUGAUAAUCUCCUUUUACUAAUGUGUCUGAUGUUGUACAUUCUGUAAAGCUCAUGUUGUUUUGUAAGUAACUCUUUUAAUCAACUUAUGUAUGUUUUUAUUCAUUAUGCAUCAUGUAAAUUGUUCGAUUUUGUUUUAGCCCCAGUAUAAAAAAUAGACACUACAUGUCAUGUAAAUUGUCUUAAACGUAGUAUGAAGUAAUUUACCGUAUAAUAUAAAAUAGGAAAUAUUACUGACACAUAUAAAUAAUGAAAAACAGUUACUUGUAAAAGAAAGAUGUUCAAUAUUCAAAAUUUUGAUGAUUUAUAUGAGUGUGUGUGGGAGGGUUCGUGUGUAAGUAUGAAGUUUGAACUAUAUUCAAAGCAUCUACGAUCAGCUUUUGAUGAAUAUAUUGUAUAUGGACAUGCUUCUCAGUGUUUAAAUCGUUAGAUAUUGUAACCGAUACGUACAAACGUAUUUCUCAUACCUGUAGCAACUUGUUCCCCUUUCUUUUCUUUACAGAUUGUGGAAAUUCUCGGAUUUCCUAAAUAAAAGUCAAACCCAGA